UCUUGGCAGACCCGAACUGCAACGACACUCGCGCGCGUUCAGAGAUUUUGACCCGCUGCGGCCGGCUGGCAUUGGCGACUUGGACGGCACCCCGACGAUGCAAUAGAGCCGCCCGCUGCUGCCGACAGAAACGACCAGAUAUACACAGCACAGCGGCACACCAUGUCGGCGCCCCGCGGGCUGCGCUGCCUCGUGCGGCCGUCGGCGGCGGUCCGGUCGACCGCGGUUCCGAUACCAAUACCCAUUCCAACUUUGACCCCGAGGGCGGUCCCGCUGCUUGCCGCGUCCCUCGCCCGGUCAGCGCCGUUCUCGACGUCUGGCGCACUCGCAAAGGAGGGGAACGAGCCACGAGUCAACCGCCGCAAGGGGAAAAUGUUGAAGCUCGGCAAGUUCAAGAAAGACAAGAUCGAUAGGGGCAGGACUCCGCUGCCCGGCGAGCGCAAGGCCUACCGCAAGCGCAUCACGCUCAGCAACGACAAUGCCAUCCCCGUGCCGUGGCUGACCGACCUUGGCCCGGCGGACCUGGCCGACUCUCAGAACAUUGCCAGGGUCCUGGCUAUCCCCGAAGAGGUGCAGGACCAGCUGCGCGCCGCCGAGGCCUUCAAGACGACACAGUGCUGGGGCAUGUUCCGGAAACCGUCGGUGCUGGUGCGGAAGGAGACGGUCGACCUGGCGAGCCAGAUGCAGGCUUCGGCCGACCAGCAGCAGACCCUGCGGCUCGUCGUCACGGGCGACAAGGUGACGGGCAAGAGCCUGAUGCUGCUCCAGGCAAUGACAUAUGCCUUCCUCAACAAUUGGAUCGUCAUCCAUUUCCCCGAGGCGCAAGAGCUCACCACCGCCUGCACGGAAUACGCCCCUAUCCCCGACACCAACCCGGUCCAGUACAUGCAGCCUGUCUACACGCUGAAGCUGCUCCAGAACAUCAGGCGCGCCAACGAGAAGGUCCUGGCCAAGACCUUCACCGUCAGCUCGCACCAGGGGCUCCCGCAGAACAUCACCGCCAACACGCCCCUCCUGACGCUCGUCAGCUCGGCGAAGGAGCCCGACGCGGCCUGGCCCGUGUUCCAGGCGCUCUGGCGCGAGCUCACCGCGCGGCGCGGCACCCGGCCGCCCAUCCUGCUGUCGAUGGACGGGCUCGCCCACGCGAUGAAAAUGUCGGACUACCGCUCGCCGUCCUUCGAGCUGAUCCACUCGCACGACCUCUCCCUCGUGCGGCUGUUCAUGAACGCGCUGGGCGGCGGCCUGCCGCUGCCCGGCGGCGGCGCCGUGCUGGCCGCCACCAGCCGCAACAACGCGCCGCGCGCCCCGAGCAUGGAACUCUCGCUGGCGCAGCGCCUGGCCGAGCAGGCCGGCGCCGCCGCCGCCGACGUGCCGCAGAAGGACCCCUUCUUCCGCGGCUACGACGACCGCGUCGAGGCCGUCCUGCGCUCCGUCCGCGUGCUCCGCGUCGGCGGCGUCAGCAAGCUCGAGGCCCGCGCCCUGAUGGAGUACUGGGCCGCCAGCGGCAUGUUCCGCGCCACCAUCGACGAGAAGACGGUCACGGAGAAGUGGACGCUCGGCGGCAGCGGCGUGCUGGGCGAGAUGGAGCGGGCUGCGCUGCUGACCAUGCGGAUUUAAAAUGGGGUGGGGUGGGCCACCAUGUAAUCUAUGAGCUGGUGUAUAGAAAUAAAUUUGAACAUGGCAGGGUAUCAUCAGAAAGGUCAUGCUUGGCAUUUGGUUCACAUCGCUCCAUU